UUCAGGUCUGAUCUGGACACAAAUUUGAUGUUAGGCGAAUACGUUUUUGACCUGCAAUCCUCAGAUUCAAUGUCUUACCAUUUUCUACAUUCCUUCAUCUUUCUGCAAUUCUAAGGUUUCCCCGUUUCCCAAAUCUGUUAUCAUAUGUCACUGCUAUUUUGCGAAACUUUUGACACUUUCCUUCCCACCAAAACCACCUUCCCUACCUUUUAACCCCUGCUUCAACUUGCGUGGUUUUUUCCCCACAUAAGAACAAAUUUCUGAUUUCAUGCCAAAAAUCGUGUCUUCAUGCGGUUAUUGUAAGCACUUUUAAUCAUUUGGUGUGCAAUUCCAAUAUUCUUGGAUCCAUUUUUUACAUUCUUCAGAUCAUAAAUUCCAAUAUUCUAUUCAGCUUUGAAAGUAAAAGGAUAAACAUUUGAUCUCUGUGUAAUUAUGCUAGAUUAGAUUAGAUUAUAUUCAUUGUGUAGACUAGAAUCCUCAUGAAUGAGAAUGCAAUCCAAGAGUUUGAGCCAAGCUCCAGCUCUCACACUCUUCCCUGGUCUGAAACCCCCUCACAAAACCCUACUAUUCCACCAAAUCUGUGUUCUUGUCAUCACAUUCCUUGCUUAUGCAUCCUUUCAUGCCUCUAGGAAGCCUCCCAGCAUUGUUAAGAGUGUUUUGGGACCCACAAUUUCAUCCAAUGAAACUCAAGUUGACAACUUGAGUUCCAAUGAUGCAGGUUGGGUCCCUUUUAAUGGAACCCGGGGCACUCACCGGCUUGGUGAGCUUGAUCUUGCUUUUCUUACUUCUUACUCCAUUGGCAUGUAUUUGGCUGGUCAUGUUGGAGAUAGGAUUGAUUUGAGGUUGUUCCUUGUUUUUGGGAUGAUGGGCAGUGGCCUUUUUACUAUACUUUUUGGGUUAGGGUAUUGGUUAGACGUUCAUGUGUUAGGGUUUUUUGUUGGUGUUCAGAUUGUUUGUGGUGUGUUUCAGUCAAUUGGGUGGCCUUGUGUUGUUGCAAUUGUGGGGAAUUGGCUUGGUGAAUCAAAGAGGGGCUUGAUAAUGGGGGUUUGGAAUUCGCAUACCUCGGUUGGGAAUAUCAUUGGUUCAGUUGUAGCUUCAGGGGUUUUGGAGUUUGGAUGGGGUUGGUCAUUUGUGGUGCCCGGGCUCCUGAUCAUUUUGGUAGGGAUUUUAGUGUUUUUGUUUCUUGUUGUGAACCCAGAGGAUAUGGGAUUUGUGCAUCCUGGAAUGGACAUCGAAAUGAGUGCUGAAACACACAGUGCUGAGAAUUUGCAGAAAGUGGAAUCUGAGGAAGCAAAGCUUAUUGAGUCUGAUCAUUCAGAUUCUUCGUCUGCUAUUGGGUUUUUGGAAGCAUGGAAGUUACCCGGAGUGGCUCCAUUUUCUUUCUGUCUCUUUUUCUCGAAGCUCGUGGCUUACACUUUUCUGUACUGGUUGCCCUUCUACAUAAGGCACACAGCUGUCGCAGGUGUGCAUAUAUCUAACAAAACUGCUGGAUUACUAUCAACAAUAUUUGACAUUGGGGGAGUCCUUGGUGGAAUCACAGCAGGUUUCAUUUCUGACAUGAUUGAAGCACGUGCUAUUACUUCAAUCAUGUUUUUGUUUCUGUCUAUUCCAGCUCUUGUUUUGUAUCGUGCUUUUGGGAGUCUCUCUAUGUUGACCAACAUCCUUUUGAUGUUUCUUUCGGGGUUUUUGGUGAAUGGUCCCUACUCACUAAUCACAACUGCAGUGGCUGCCGAUCUUGGUACACAGAGCUUGAAUGGUCGGAAUUCUCGAGCGCUGGCUACUGUUACUGCAAUCAUAGAUGGUACUGGUUCUGUUGGAGCUGCCCUUGGGCCACUUUUGGCAGGGUAUAUUUCAACUAAGGGAUGGAACAGUGUCUUUUUUAUGCUCAUUUUGUCUAUUUUCUUUGCUGGUUUAUUCUUGAUUCGUGUUGCAAGAACUGAGAUAAGAGAGAAGCUUUCAGGAAAGUGAUUUUAGGUAUUUAGAAACACAUAUUUGAGUUUUAGUUAGGCUCUUUAUUGAAGAUACACAGAUCUUAGCUAUUGGUUGAGAAAUUGCUGAAAAGCUUACUGAAUGUUUGUGUCUUGUGCUCAUUCGUUAUUCACUUAUUGUAUACACACAUGUACAAGAUUGUCCAUUGUGACUUAAUUCUGGACCUUUAUGGUUUUUUACCGUACAAAAUAUCAAGUACCACUACCUUCUGU